CGGGGCGCGGUCCUGCUGCUGCUGCGCGCGGGGCCGGAUCCCCGCCUGGCCCGGGUCUCCGCCCAGUUGCUGGCGCCGGCCGCUGACAUGCUGAGGACGCCGGGCCCUGGCCUGGGUGCUCCGCUGCUCCUUGCCGCGCUGGGCCUCGGGCGGGCUGGGUGGCGCGGGACCGCAGGCCGGGCGGCGAGCGGGGGCCGCGGGAAGGCCUGGCUGCAGCCCACGGGCCGGGACACGGGCGUGCAGGUGUACAACAGCCUCACCGGGAGGAAAGAACCCCUAAUCGUGGCGCACGCCGAAGCCGCCUCCUGGUAUAGCUGCGGACCAACUGUUUAUGAUCAUGCGCACCUCGGCCAUGCUUGCUCGUAUGUUAGAUUUGAUAUCAUUAGAAGGAUUCUAACCAAGGUUUUUGGAUGCAACAUAGUCAUGGUGAUGGGUAUUACAGAUGUGGACGAUAAAAUCAUCAAAAGAGCCAAUGAGAUGAAUAUUUCCCCCGCUUCCCUCGCCAGUCUUUAUGAGGAAGACUUCAAGCAAGACAUGGCAGCCCUGAAGGUUCUCCCGCCCACCGUGUACCUGAGGGUAACUGAAAAUAUUCCUCAGAUCGUUUCUUUCAUCGAAGGAAUCAUUGCUGGUGGGCACGCUUAUUCAACAGCAAAAGGCAACGUCUACUUCGAUCUGAAGUCAAGAGGAGACAAGUAUGGCAAGCUGGUCAGCGUGGCCCCUGGUCCAGUUGGAGAGCCGGCGGACUCUGACAAGCGUCAUCCCAGCGACUUCGCCCUGUGGAAGGCAGCCAAACCCCAGGAGGUGUUUUGGUCCUCUCCCUGGGGACCUGGGAGGCCGGGCUGGCAUAUUGAGUGCUCUGCCAUUGCUAGUAUGGUGUUUGGAAGUCAACUGGAUAUCCAUUCAGGUGGAAUAGAUUUAGCUUUUCCACAUCAUGAAAACGAAAUUGCACAGUGUGAAGUCUUUCAUCAGUGCGAGCAGUGGGGAAAUUAUUUUCUGCAUUCUGGGCAUUUGCACGUGAAAGGCAAAGAAGAAAAAAUGUCCAAAUCUUUAAAAAACUACAUUACUAUUAAGGACUUUCUGAAGACCUUUUCGCCCGACAUCUUCCGGCUCUUCUGUCUGAGGAGCAGCUACCGCUCAGCCAUCGACUACAGCGACAGCGCCAUGCUCCAAGCCCAGCAGCUGCUCCUGGGGCUGGGCUCUUUCCUGGAGGAUGCACGUGCUUACAUGAAGGGGCAGCUGGCCUGUGGCUCUGUCAGGGAGGUGAUGCUAUGGGAGAGGCUCUCCAGCACCAAGAGGGCCGUGAGGGCAGCCUUGGCAGACGACUUUGACACACCCAGGGUGGUUGAUGCCUUCCUCAGCCUUGCGCACCAUGGGAACGGAGAGCUCAGGGCAACGAAGGAACCUGGGGGUCCGCGAAGUCCUGCUGUGUUUGGUGCCAUCAUCUCUUACUUUGAACAGUUUUUUGAAACUGUUGGAAUUUCUCUGGCAAAUCAACAGUGUGUUUCAGGAGAUGGCAGCGAGGCCACCCUGCGGGGCGUGGUGGACGAGCUGGUGCGGUUCCGGCAGCAGGUCCGGCAGUUUGCUCUGGCCACGCCCGAGGCUACUGGGGAGGCCCAGCGGCAGCAGCACCUGGAGAGGCAGCCCCUCCUGGAGGCAUGUGACACCCUGCGCCGGGGCCUGACUGCCCACGGCAUCAACAUCAAGGACAGAAGCCGUACAACAUCCACAUGGGAACUGCUGGAUCAAAGGACAAAGGACCAAAAAUCCUUUAGGGGCUGAGGAUGGAGCACAGCCAUGAGCCUGCUCGUGACACACGACGCACCUGUGCUUCCUUAUGGACAAAGCUUUACGUUAAAGCUUCCUGUCGAGGCUGCUAGGUCAGCAUUAAAGUAAGGCAACCCACAGUG